UUCGAAGUCUCCAGAUGGACGCUGCGACCUCUGCUGUGUUUACACUUAAAAAUACUUAAUCUGGUCGUCUUCUUUCUUCGAAAUGAGGGUCGUUUUCCUUUGCAAAGGAAGCAGAGGAGACGUUGGACCGGUUUUGUCGUUGCUGCUUGGUUACAAAYAUAAUGUACCCARUGAUGACUGUGUUCUGGUAACUCAUUCCAUUCAUAAAACAAAGUUUAAGGCAGUUUUGGACAAAAAUGGAAUUGAGUUUGUGUCCCUGAAUGAUGCAACCCAACAGGAUUCCAUUGAAACACCCAUGCACAAAACAGAGUUACAAGUSAGUAGUGGUAAGGGAUUYUCAGACAAAGAGCGUCAAGAUAGAGUCAUGGAAAUGCAUUGCAGUCUAAAGGCUUGCAAAGGAGCAGGUGCCAUUGUCUUCAAUUUGUUUGCUUGCGAGGGAUGGUUUAUUGCUCAGUACUUAAAGAUACCAUGYGUAGCAGUUUCUCCAUUCGCUGURACCAGAACUCCACCAGUAAAGUUUGAGAAUAAGUUUUUGGAUGCGUAUCCUGACCUGUAUGGCAGAUUGAUCAAUGCRCCYCCAGGAUGUGUAUCAUAUGGAGACGUAGAUCACUGGAUGUGGAGGUUAUACCUUGAYGACUUUGGAGAAUUCUGUGACUCCCUUGGGCUUCCUGUGUGUCCAUACUCUGAGCUAUCCCAAGAUGACCCKCUGCCGUCCCCAACACCUUUGCUUUAUGGCAUCAGUCCUACAGUGCUUGAAAAACCAAACUAUUGGCCAAACAGUGUCACUGUAUGUGGUUACUGGUUCACGGACCUGUCAUACCCAAGUCUCAGUGACGUCACAGUAYUAUGUCCCUCGUACCAGACCUCUGUCCGUGUCCUCUUCAAAGACUUUAUGAUGACACUCAGCGAACAGCAACAGCGYCCUUUGUACAUUGGAUUUGGAUCUAUGGAAGAGCUGGGAUUUUUCUCGAGUCUUGACAGUGUGGAAAUUAUUGGAAUCAUCAAUGAAGGUCUCCUUGAGUGCGAUAUCAAAGCCUUUCUGCAYGUCGAACCAGAUUCCGUCAUGCUCAAAGCUUGGGAAAUCAUGCACAARAACGUCGUAAACUGCAAUAUCUACUGCAUAACACAACAAGUCUCGCAUACCCAACUCUUCYCACAAUGCCUUGCAAUCAUGCACCAUGGUGGAAGCGGUACAGUUGCUGCGGCAAUCCGUGCUGCAGUUCCGCAAAUCGUAUGCCCCUUUAUGUUCGACCAGUCGUAUUGGGGCGAUAAAGUUGCUUGGAUGGGAGUUGGAGAGUCUUUGGGCCAUCUGCGCUCCUUGACUGUUGCCUCGUUUGUCAGUGCGUUGAAAACCAUUACUCAGAGCARUUGCCUGGCAACAGUAACAAAGUACAAUGAGCUUUUGAGCACAGAGAAUGGUAUUGAUAAAGGGGUAGAAAUUUUAAAGGAUGUGUUUCAUGAGUCCGGGCGAGCGGCGUCUCCCAAUGCGUCCGAAAUUUCAACUUCUCUUUAAAAUCUUCAAAUUCCGUUAAUCUGAGUUGUAUAACCCAGAAUUCUUGAAAACUAACAUUCUGAGGAUGCAACGCGGACUAGAUUCCGUAGAUUUCUAAAUAAUUUGCACGAUACAUUUUGCGGUUAUGUGUGACACACGUCAUUUGCAAGCUGCUGUAAAAAGUCGUCAGGAUUCAACGUCAUUUCUAGCGUAUUUUCUAACUCAAGGCCUUCUAACGCAGACAUUAUCGAAAAUUUCAUAGUUAUUGAGGCCCAUUGUUGAGUGUAACAUCUGUUUACUCUCUAGUUAUGGAUACUACGCACUUAGAAUUUAAUCGACAUACAUUCUGUAUAUUUUUUGUAAAAAUAACCUCUAUAUCAGCUAUAUAAGUCUAGGACAUCUSUAGCAUGCUAUGAACACUAAGGCUCUCAUUCGGGACCCUUAAGGCCCGUUUUCACUUGCGAUUUUUGGAGAGAGAUUCUCUCGGCGAUCGUCGCGCGGCCAUCCCCUGAGUUUCGAACAUGCUUGAAAGUUGGCUGCAACUUCGUGGCGAUUUUCCAGCUCCGCAACAAUCGCAGUGGUGUUUACACGCACCAUUUUAGUUGCGCGAUAGCAAAGUGACGAUUAUCGCACUGCAAAAAUCUCAAGUGUAAACGGUCCUUUGGAGUCCCAAAGGACCGUAAGAUGUAUAUAUUAAUUUGUAGAGCGGUAUGUGGACUGAGAUGCAGUUGAUAAGUGUAGUUAAUAUUGGUCAUAUGGCCAUAUAAAUUGCAUUGCAGAUUGGAAGCGUGUAGUGUGGGAUGAGCCCAAGUUUCGUGUUUAUUAGUGGUGUGGAUGUUUAUAACUGGUAGUGUUAGACGUACUACGCGAGUAAACGAGAAUCAUAAAGUAGUAUAUCAAGUGUAAAUUUGUACAAGUUUUUCCUCGUUACCAGACCUCUGACGUCCACUUUGCGAUGCAAUUUAUAUUAGUGUCAAACACAAAGGUACUGAUUACAAUGACGCCUAUUUAAUAAAAAYUAUCUUACUUUAUGGUUGUCACAUAAGAGUCAUAAGUACAGGGUACUCGAGUUGGUAUGUAAUUGAAACUUCAAGUGGUUUCAAAACUGACUGUAGAUUGAUUAGUGUAAAAUUGUGUAAUGAUUUGUAAGGGAAUUACCAAUUUGUAAUAGAAGARAGCGMUCUUAGGCUGGUGAACUCUAAGGAAAGUCACUAAGGGUAUUGAAAAGUUUCCUUUUAACUUCUCCGUGCGGAGUUAAUAUCUUGAGUGAUAAGAUCGGAAUGAAUAAAAUGAGAUCCAAGCCAC